UUAAAACACUACAAUUACUCCAUGUCUACCCGCGUCUUUCUCCUCACACUCGCUCUCUGCAUCUCUCUUUCCUCCGCCUCAGCCUCCGCCGCCCGCUUCCCCUCCAUCCCCAAGCCCACCGCCACCGCGGCCGUAUCUCCGAUCCAACAAGCCUGCAAAUCCACCCGCUUCCCUGACACAUGUCGGGCCUCCCUGACCAAAAAAAUCCAUGACCUUCCCCCAAACCCUACCCCUCUCCAAACACUUCAACUAGCCCUCAAUGUCUCCUCCGACGGCCUCAACACCGCCAAAAAGAUGGUUUCCGACAUUCUCAAAACCGCCGCCGGCAGCCAGAACCGCACAACCGCCGCCAAAAACUGCCUCGAUUUUCUACAAAAUUCCGAGUACCGUAUUUCACUCACCAAUGACGGCCUCUCAAGUGGCCGUACGAAGACCGCACGAGCCGCCAUGAGCUCCGCCCUGAUGUACCAGUACGACUGCUGGUCCGCCUUCAAGUACGCCAACGACACCCAGUUAGUCGUCUCCACCAUGUCGUUCAUUAACGACACGCUGACCGUGGACUCCAGCAACGCCCUUAGCAUGAUCUUCUCCUACGAAAACUUCGGAAACGACACCAAGUCCUGGACCCCGCCCAAGACCGAGCGAGACGGGUUCUGGGAACCUGUCACGCCCGGAUCACAUAAGUCCCCUCCAGAACUUUCGAUACCGAAAAAUCUGAUGGCGGACGUGACUGUUUGCAAGGACAAAGGUGUUAAGUGUUACCGGACCAUACAGGAGGCGGUGAACGCGGCGCCGGAAAACUCCGACAAGAAAUUCGUGAUUCAGAUAAAUGCCGGGGUGUAUGAAGAGAUUGUUAAGGUUCCUCUAGGGAAGAGAAAUGUUGUGUUUUUAGGGCAAGGGAUGGGCAAAACAGUAAUUACAGGUUCUUUGUUUGUGGGCCAGCCGGGAAUUUCUACCUACAACUCCGCCACCGUGGGCGUUUACGGCGACGGCUUCAUGGCCAGAGACGUCACAUUCCAAAACACGGCGGGCCCCGACGCCCAGCAGGAGGUUCACCAGGCGGUGGCUUUCCGAUCAGACAGUGAUCACUCCAUCAUAGAAAAUUGUGAGUUCCUAGGGCACCAAGACACUCUCUACGCCCACGGCAACCGCCAGUUCUACAAGUCAUGCAAAAUUCAAGGCAAUGUAGAUUUUAUAUUUGGAAACUCGGCUGCCAUUUUCGAGGGCUGCACCAUCCUCAUUGCGCCGAGGCAAGUAAACCCCGAAAAAGGCGAGAAGAAUGCCGUGACGGCUCACGGCAGGACCGACCCGGCGCAGGCCACAGGGUUCGUGUUCCGGAACUGCUUCAUAAACGGAACGGAAGAGUACAUGAAGUUGUACAACAUUAACCCCAAAGUGCACUUGAACUUCUUGGGGAGGCCGUGGAAGGAGUUUUCGAGGACGGUGUUCUUGAACUGUAGUAUGGAAGCUCUGGUUUCGAAAGAAGGGUGGUUGCCUUGGAGUGAGGAGUUUGCUUUGGCGACGCUUUACUAUGGGGAGUAUGGGAACUCGGGACCGGGGGCGGAUUUGGCCGGUAGGGUGAAGUGGAGUAGCCGGAUUCCGGUACAGCAUGUUGGUGCAUAUUCGGUGCAAAAUUUUAUUCAGGGAGAUGAGUGGUUGGUUUCCAACUAGAGAAGCGGGAGAGUUUUAAGAGUAUGAUAUUGUAAUAAACUUUUAACAGUCCAUUCUCUAUGAAUUUAGAUGUAUGCUUGCAACAUGAAAAUCAACUACAAUAAUAUUUGUUAGGAAUAUGUUAAUAGAGCGUAUUAGGAUCAUGAGCUUAUUUCUCCUGUAUAUAAGCUAUGGUUGCACAGUUUUUUUUUUUUUUUUUGCUCUCUCUCUCUCUCUCUGGAUUCAUUGUUGC